AUGCGCCCAGGGAAUGUUGUAGAGUGUUGCUCAUCGAAUGGCGUGUCGCCGUAUUGUGCGUCAAAGAUGUGCGACGUGCGAACAGUUCCGAAUGCCCUGGAAACAAUCGCCAUUUCUACAUCGUGCCGCACUGAGUGGUCAAAGGUGAGUCCCUGUCUCGCUGAUGGACGCAACCAUACAGAUUGCUGCUUGAAGAAAGGUGUUCAGCACGAUUGCUUGAAAAUUUGUGGUGGAGUGGCAGAACCACUUACAAUGCAUUCCCUGCUGUGCCUUAAUCUGGAUAUUGCUGCAAUCUACCAGUGCUUACGUCAGGGCUACGAUACGCGACCGUCCGCUCCGCAGAAUGUAACAGUAUCGAAAGUGACAGAAGAUUCGGUUGAAGUAAGUUGGUCCGAUCCAGCCGCUAACGCGCAUCUCGUUAUCUCCUAUUCGCUGUUUAUCAGAAAGGAUGAUCGCAUCUCAAACUUCAAGGAGGUGCUUUCUACUCUGCUAGUGUCAUCAUUUCAACUGCAGGCGCAAAUGCACCUGUGGGCAACUUUUUUUAUUCUAAAGUAA